CACAUGAUACGAUUUGAGCAAUCAGGUAGCAGCAUUGCCCGGAAGUUAUGCUGCUGUGAGUUAUCCAUGCUGUACUAGUUGUUGGUAGAAAGAGUGGCCGGUUUGGAACACGGGGAGGCUCAGUACCUCUGUCUAUCUCUCGAGUCCGUCGUUGUUAGGGAGCAGCGGCCGGUCAGGCGCUGCCGGUGACAUGUCGGAGAAGGCGCUGCGGGUAUUGGUCUGUGGGGAUGUAUAUGGAAGGUUUGAUGUACUGUUCAACAGAGUCCGGACCAUUCAGAAGAAGAGCGGCCAGUUUGAUCUGUUGCUAUGCGUUGGAAGUUUCUUUGGCACAAGCCCAGAGAGUGAAGCACUCUGGGAGGAGUAUAAAUCAGGAGUGAAACAAGCUCCUGUACAGACGUACGUCCUAGGGUCAAACAGCCAACAAACUGUGAAAUACUUUCAAGAUGUUGAUGGUUGUGAAUUGGCUACAAAUAUUACCUACCUCGGUCGUAAAGGAGUCUUCACUGGGGCCUCGGGUCUCCAGAUUGCUUAUUUAAGUGGCAUCGAGUCCUCUAGCGAGCCGGCUCCUGCUUAUUGCUUCAGCCCGAAAGAUGUCAUGUCCCUGAAAAUGUCCCUUACCACAAACUCAAAGUUCAAAGGGGUGGACAUACUACUGACCUCUCCCUGGCCCAAAGAUGUGUGGAGUUACGGCAACGCUCCGACUGAUGUAGACCUGAAAAGUUGUGGCUCUGCGUUAGUGUCCAGUCUUGCUGGCAGCUUAAAGCCUCGUUAUCAUUUCUCUGCACUAGAGGGAGAAAACUAUGAACGGGUUCCUUACAGAAAUCAUAUGGUCCUGCAGGAAGCUGCCCAGCACGUCAGUCGGUUCAUAGCUUUGGCAAGUGUUGGAAAUCCUAAUAAGAAAAAGUACAUCUAUGCAUUCACUAUCGCCCCAAUGCGCUCAAUGGAUUCGGCAGAGCUUGUGAAACAGCCACUAGAUGUCACUGAGAACCCAUACAGGAAAUCGGGGAAGGAUGCAAAGAAGAGUCAAGUUACUAAAGCCAUGGAGGAGGAGGAAGAGCCAGCACAGCAGUUCUUCUUUGACUUGAGCAAGCAGCAUGGAAAGAAACGUCAGUCGGAUGGGAGGGGCGGUGCGCGGACGCAAGGAAAGCAGCCAAGGAAACACCCCCAGCCCACUGGACCUUGCUGGUUCUGUCUUGCAAGCCCUGAAGUGGAGAAGCACCUAGUGGUCAGCAUUGGGGAAGAUUGCUAUGUUGCUCUCGCAAAAGGCGGUCUGACCUCGGACCACAUCCUUAUUCUGCCCAUCGGGCACUACCAGGCCAUGGUGGACCUUUCGUCUGAGGUAGUUGAAGAAUGUGAAAAAUACAAAGCAUCCUUAAAGAAGUUUUACAAGGCAAAGGGGAAGAGAUAUGUGAUGUUUGAGAGGAAUUACAGGAGCCACCAUCUACAGUUACAAGUGGUUCCUCUGCCAUUAGACUGUUGCACAACGGAAGACAUUAAGGAGUCCUUCAUUAUACAAGCGCAGGAGCAGAACAUAGAGCUGUUGGAGAUCCCACAGCACACGGACAUCAAACAAAUUGUACAGCCUGGGACACCAUAUUUUUAUGUUGAAUUAGAUACUGGGGAAAAACUCUUCCAUAGGAUUAAGAAAAACUUCCCACUGCAGUUUGGAAGGGAGGUGCUGGCAAGUGAAGCUCUUCUGAACAUACCAACUAGAGCUGAUUGGAAAGCCUGUAAGUUAAGCCAUGAGGAGGAAGAGGAUCAGGCCAAGUCUUUCCGAAGAGAAUUUGAACCAUUUGACUUCUCGUUGCAAGACUGAGUUGCUGUGGUGUUUGUUUGUUUUUUUGUUUUUUUUUUGUAUUUAUUGGUCUAUUUUUUCCACUUACAUUUUGGUGCUGUCAUAGUACCCAUGUUGCAAGUAGAUUUAGGAUUUUGCCUUUAAUACUUUUUUUUCUUUUUUUUUUCUUUCCCAAGUGGAAAAUGUAGGCAGUAGAGUCAAAAUCAGGCAUUUGAAUCACAAUAACAGUGGCUUGUUCUCUUCACAGAUUAUCUGAAAUGGAUUCUUAACCCAAAAAGCCUACAGUUUCUAUUAAGGAAAAUAGACCGUUCAGACACAAUCCUCUGUCUAUAAGCAUAUACAGAUGUAGCCAUGCGCAACACGGCUUGCUGUAUGGUAUCCCAGGCUUCCUAAAGGAGUUAAUGAAACGAUCGGCGGCUGCGAAUAGUUGCAGCAUGGAAUUAAUAAAGCGAUCGCUGGCUGUGAAUAGUUGCAACCUGGCACGCCACGCAUCAAGCCGUGUUGCAGCAUGCUACAUCGCAGCAAAGAGGUGCAUGGCUACAUCUGUAAUUGUGUUCUGAGAUUAAACAAACGUAAAAAAAUUAAAAUGUGUGGAGCAGAAGUUCUUCAAUACAUGCUGCCAUAUUUCUAUGAAAUACCUUUACCACAUGCCAAGUCAUUUGGCUUAAGAUGAACUGUUUAUCAGUAAUAUAAUAAAAGAAUUUACAUUUUUUUUUUUUUUUUUUUUUUUUUAGGGCAAAGAAGCUUUAAUAUUUUAAAUGUCCCACUUUAAAAGAGACCAUUUUAGUAUAUAGUUCUUUGGUCUUGGUAUGCAAAUCACAUUGACACACGCCCAUGGCAGCUGCAGUUGUAUAAGUGAUGCAUGUCACUUUUUUACAGUAGCGUAUGCUUCUUACAGUCUUACUUGUGACUUCUCUGCUCUGGGGACAUAUCAUGUAAACUGGUUCACAGGAAAUAUAUACCGUUCCCAAAGCAACCAAAUUAGAUCUGGUCAGUUCGUUAUGCAUUUUGGAAAAACAAAGCAAUUGUUUGUUUGUAGCACCUUUCCUCCUGUGCAUCAGUUUCGUUUUAUCCAGCUUCUCUAACCACACUUUUUUUUUUUUUUUUAUUAUUAUUAUUAUUAUUAUUAUUAUUUCUCUUAUACGUUUUGAUGGAUAAAAAGGGGAUGGAACAAAUAAAUAACUUGUGUACAUUUUAGAUUUUUACUUUAAAAAAAAAAAUGUAAAUGUAUGUAACUGUUUUAAUAAAUGGCGCUUUGUACACACUGGUG